CCUGUAACGCUAGCACAAGUGAGUUCAGGAGCCGUAAGCUGUUGCUUUACAACUACCAAGUACUUUUCGAAAACUAGGGCUUUGGAGGAAGAUUACACAGACAACGUUACACACUACACAACACAUACUCCUCGUACUCUUUGACUCCGUCUCUCUUCAACUUCUUUGUCUUCUCUCUCUAAAAAGUAGGUUGAUAGGGAUAUGUCUUGUGAUACUGCAAAAGAGAACGCAUCUGUAGUUGACUCAUCUGUUACUGAAUGGAAACAAGACAUGGGAAACUCAGAUGAUCCAGAAAGUUCAAGUCACAAAGUUAAUGAGGAGGGUAAUCCUUCUAAGUCAGAAGAAGGGGGGCAUUGUCAUGAUCAGGGUGGAAAAACAACUGGAAGAAAAAAGGGUACUUUGUAUGAUACAAGAUAUUUCAUCAUUAAGAGUUUGAAUCAUCAAAAUAUCCAACUAUCAAUUGAGAAAGGAAUUUGGGCUACUCAAGUCAUGAAUGAACCAAUUUUGGAAGAGGCCUUUCAUAAUUCUGGUAAAGUAAUUUUAAUAUUCAGUGUCAACAUGAGUGGUUCUUUCCAAGGGUAUGCCCAAAUGAUGUCUUCUGUUGGAUGGAGGCGAGACAAUGUAUGGAGUCAAGGAAGUAGUAGAAGUAAUCCAUGGGGGCGCAGUUUUAAGGUCAAAUGGCUGCAGUUAAAUGAUCUGCCUUUCCAAAAGACUCUUCAUCUCAAGAAUCCAUUGAACGAGUACAAACCUGUUAAAAUUAGCAGAGACUGCCAGGAGUUAUCUCCAGAUGUUGGAGAAGCUCUUUGUGAGCUUCUUGAUGGGACAAAUGAUGUGAAUGGACUGAAUAGUGUUGCUAUGGAGGAUUUUCCAUCAAAAAGGCCUUGUAUAGAGCCUCCAUGUUCAUUAGGUGAGGAAGAGUAUAAUGUAGGCCCCAUGCAUCUCUCAUGGUCCCAGACACCCAUGCACUAUCCCUCCUUGCUUUACCAACAUCAGGCUGAAGCAAAUUUGCCUGUCAAUUCUGUGGCAUCAAAAGUUACAAGGGCAAAACAUUCUCGCAUUAAUGGACACCAUUCUAAUAUACGAGUGGACAGGGAUUUGUCAUCUCGGUUUGAUGUUUGGGGUUUGUCUGCAGAAAGCCGUCUAGCAAGUGUUCUUACUGAGGAUGAUUUUCUGGAAAUGUCUUAUGAAGAAUACCUGGAGGCCCAAAGUAGAAGUAGCAAGGAAUUAUCUCUGCCUGGUUCGAGACCACAUGAGUCAUCAAGAAGUAAAAUGCAGGAAGAUGAUUUAAGCUCAAGCUAUGGAAUUGACCGCAGCUGCUCAAGGAAAAGGGCUCACCAUUCAUCCCAUAAGAAAUCACAAUGCUAACACAGCUGUGACUUCCCUUGGUCGUUUUUGGAUAAUAGCUUUGUCAUCUGAUGGAGUUUUGCGUUUCCUUCAGGCAAUCAUUCAGUGAAGUCAUUUCUUUAUCUGUAAACCGUUGUGUCCUGUUCUUGUACACGUCUGUUGUUUAAUGUUCCAUAAUGUGACUGGUGUUGGGGCUGGUUACUAAAUUGUACAGUCAUUGAAUUGGCAACAUGGCCCCUACCCUUCCUCCUCCAUGUUGACCUAGAUUAGAUAAAUGAGUGCUAUGAAUUCAGUGGUGCAUUUUUAUAUGGUCACCGACUCAGAAGCGUAGUUUGUUCGAAUGUAAAAUUGUCGACUUGCUCAGAUGCUGGUGCAUGAAUGAUUGAUAUGGAUGUAAAUGAAGUUAGAGCCUAGAUGUGUGUAUGUGGAACUAAUUCACAGAAGCUUGAUGAUCAGUGUUUACUGAGAUUUCUUUUUUAGACAGAGAUCAUUGUUUUCUGAUUA